CAAAUGACCCGAUCCAUUAACAAACCAAUACCACACUCUGCUUCAAAAGCUAAAACCCCUGGGAGUGAUAGCAAAAACCCUCUGCUUGCUGAACAAUUUACUUGGCGCCUGUCUCUCUCUCUGUCCCUCUCUCCUCUCCUCUCCAAGCAGCGAAGGCAGGUAGAGAAGGAGGAGGCUGAGUGAGGUAUGGCUGUUGAUGUAGACAAGCUUCUAGAAGAAGCUUCAUUUGCUCGUUUCUGCAAAAUUGUUCUUGGUUGGGACUAUUUUUCUCUCCUCAAAGAAUACGAUAAAGAAAAGCAGAAAGAGAGAGGGAAAAGUGAUAAUGGAGAUGCUACUUCGGGUUUAAGACAAGUGAAAAACUCAUACAAAGAUGUUGAUGAGUAUCUUGAAACUUUCGAGCCACUUUUAUUUGAAGAAGUUAAAGCUCAAAUUAUUCAGAGAAAAGAUGACGAAGAAGUGACAACAUCGGUGAUGAGGCUGGUAUUGGAAUGCAAUGAGGCAGAGGGGUUUCUUUUUCCUGCAGUUAGUUUUGGAGGUGAGGAGGAUGAGAGAAUAUCACAAAAUGAUCUUUUGCUCCUUUCCAAAGAGAAGAUUAAAGAUAGCCGAAAACUCCCUGAGGUGCAUGCAUUUGCCUUAGUGGAACACCGUCAGCAUGAUCGUUAUAGGCUUAGAAUGUUCUUAGAUGGAGAGGUCAGGCAGCUAAAUUUUGACAACCUUGAAACCCAUCCAAGGCUAUUAAAAAUGCGAGCUUUCAUGACUGCUCCUCGUAAACCAGAAGAAAAACCUAUAUUCAGUCUAAAGAUUUGCAGUUUAUCAACUAUAUCUCGUGAAUAUCUUGCUUUGCGGUCAAUUAGCUCUCUUCCUUUCAAGGAUUUAAUUCUAAAGGCUACUGAUAUAAAUGCGGGCUCUGAAGAACAGGCAUGGAAAGUUUCUGUACCUCUUCGUGAAUAUUUCAAAGGAAAUCUUAACAAGUCACAGCUAGAAGCUAUCAAUGCUGGUCUAUCUCGUAAAGCCUUUGUCUUGAUACAGGGCCCACCUGGAACAGGUAAAACACAAACCAUCCUUGCUCUUCUUAGUGUGAUCUUGCAUGCUUCUCCAGCAAGGGUGCUUACCAAGGGUACAUCACGUGAAAUUAAACGUGGGCCAGCAUUACCAAUUCAAGAGAAGUACAAUCAUUGGGCACGGGCAUCUCCGUGGAUGAUUGGUAAUAAUCCUAGAGAUAAUAUCAUGCCCAAAGAUGGGGAUGAUGGCUACUUCCCUACUACUGGAAAUGAGUUGAAACCAGAAGUUGUUGCCUCUAAUCGUAGAUAUCGUGUUCGCAUUUUGGUGUGUGCCCCAUCAAACUCUGCGCUUGAUGAGAUUGUACUGCGGCUUCUUAGAUUUGGUGUUCGUGAUGAAAAUAUCCACACAUAUAAUCCUAAAAUUGUGCGAAUUGGUCUUAAAGCUCAUCAUUCUGUCCAAUCUGUCUGCAUGGAUUACCUAGUGAAACAAAAACAAGGUGAGUCAGCUGCUGAUAAACAGAAGCAUGGUGCUGUAGGGGGCGACACUGAUACUAUCCGUACUGCUAUUCUGGAUGAAGCUGUAAUCGUCUUCUCCACUCUCAGUUUCAGUGGUUCAGCUAUGUUUAGUAAGUUGAAUCAUGGUUUUGAUGUCGUUAUCAUAGAUGAAGCUGCCCAAGCUGUGGAACCAGCAACUCUCGUUCCUUUGGCCAAUGGAUGUAAACAAGUAUUUCUGGUUGGUGAUCCAAAGCAACUGCCGGCCACUGUAAUUUCUCCUAUCGCCGAGAAAUUUGGUUAUAAGACAAGUUUGUUUGAGAGACUUCAGAGAGCUGGUUAUCCAGUAAAUAUGUUGAAGAUGCAGUAUCGAAUGCAUCCACAGAUACGGGACUUUCCUUCAAAGGAGUUCUAUUCUGAGGAACUGCAGGAUGCAGAAAAAAUGGAUGAGAAGACAAAGCGUGACUGGCAUGAGUAUCGCUGCUUUGGUCCAUUCUGCUUCUUUGAUAUACAUGAAGGAAAGGAGUCACAGCCUUCUGGAAGCGGGUCCUGGGUAAACAAUGAUGAAGUUGACUUUGUGCUCCACAUGUAUCAUAAAUUGGUGACUAUGCAUCCGAAGCUUAGGUCAAGUUCACAGUUUGCAAUUAUAUCUCCCUAUAGAAACCAAGUCAAGCUUCUUCAGGAUCGAUUUCGGGAUAUGUUUGGCCAGGAGUCUGAACAGUUUGUGGAUAUUCAAACGGUUGAUGGUUUCCAGGGUCGAGAAAAGGACGUCGCAAUAUUCUCAUGUGUUAGGGCCAAUAAGGACAGGGGCAUUGGUUUUGUCUCUGAUUCCAGGCGAAUGAAUGUUGGAAUCACACGAGCAAAGUCUACUGUGCUGGUGGUGGGGUCAGCAUCAACCUUGAAGAGUGAUGAGUCUUGGAAGAGACUAGUGGAAAGUGCUGAGCAGAGAGGUGUUUUGUUCAAGGUUGACAAACCCUAUGAUUCAUUUUUUAGUGAUUCAAAUCUUGAAUCUAUGAAGACAACAGAAAACCUGCCUGGAAGGAAUGAUGAAGAUCAAGAAAAUGAUAUGACGGUGGCAAUGCAAGGUAAUGUUGGAGAUGCUGAUCAAGGGCAAGAAGAUGACUACGACCAUGGAGACGAUGACAUGGAUGAUGCAGGCCCUGAUGAUGACUGAGUUCCGGAAAGCUUAUUAUCAACUAUUUCCCUCUGUAAAUUGUUAGUCUUUAGCCAAUUCGUCUUGCAGCCUUCAAAAGCAUGGGCGAUAAAACGUGAAGGAGAGAAGGAGAAUGCUGAGAAAAUCACAAAAGGAUAAGAUGGAUGCAAGUGCAAGUUUUGGGGAGGGGUAGAAUAGGAGAGAUGAGGAAUGGCAGCAGUGGUCUCUGGCAACACUUCACUUAUCAUAACUUCAUCCAGCAGAUGGGUUUUCUGAUGGUUGUUCGCGAGGUGCAAAAAUGCAGCGGCUAAGUGAACGACUAUGUUAUUAUGCAUGCAAACUCCAGGAUGUUCCAAGAUUUGGACUUCACCAGAAUCUGGGUGAGGGAGUUUUCUCUAGGUCUGAAAUAGAACUUGCCUAAUGGUAUAUUUGUUUAGGUUCCAUUGUCUUCUCUGUUAAAGAACCAACAGGGAAACGAAAGGAGAGAGGGUAGAAGAUAAACCUUGUUGAUAGAUUCUAUAUUAUUCUUCAAAGAGGCUCGAGUUAAUAUUUAUGAAAUACUGUCUCAAGAGAUAUACUUGCAUGAGAUACAAAAGAUUUAUAAUCUUUUAUUUAUUUAUAUAAUUUUGUCUGGAAA